GUAGCUUUUUUCCUUUCUCUGCAGCGUAAGGAUUUUAACUUUAGGGAGACACAGCCAUAUAAUAUAAUCCCUAGGGGUUUUUCUCACUUUGUUCAUUGUUAUCUUCUCUAUAGAAACAAGAAAGAGGUGAAAAAAGUCGUACAACAAUGUCUGAUUAUCUGCCUGAUAGUUUGCUACCCCAAAUCCUUAGCAGGUUGCCCGUUGAAAGCCUUUUACGAUUCAGGUGUGUUUCAAAACAAUGGUGUUCUCUCAUUUUAUCUCCUAAUUUCAUCUCCACUCACUUAUCUCACUCUGUUUCUACUACUACUACUACUUCCACUUCCCUUCUCCUCCUCCGCCACCUCUCCCUCAAACCCAGGAAACAAGAGCACUACUCUGUUUACUUUGACUCUUCAAAACCCGAAAACCUAACCCUAGUUAAGGAACUCAAGUUUACGUUCAAGACUAGGUCUAAGAACCACUUUAGAGUUGUGGGUUUGUGCAAUGGUUUAUUUUGCCUCUCUGAUGAUCUCUUUGGUUACACGUAUACUAUCAUUCUAUGGAACCCUGCUAUUCGCAAAAGCUUAACCCUCCCUGUGCCUCGUGUUCACUUUGGUCCAUAUGGGCCUUACAUGUUUUGCCUUGGAUUUGGGUUUGAUUACAAAACAAAUGAUCAUAAAGUAGUGAGGAUUGCCUAUUUGCAGGGAUUUAACGGUGCUUAUACUAUACUGCCUCCUGAAGUUGAGGUCUAUAGUUUAAGUACUGGUUUAUGGAAAACAGUUAACUCGAAGGAUAUUAGUUGUAAAAUUGUUGAGUAUUUCUAUAGCAGUGUUUAUCUAAAUGGGGCUAUUCAUUGGGUUUGCUAUCGUAAGAGGGAAGGUGGGGUUUUUUCAAAUAGCCUGUUGGUUUUUGAUUUAAGUGAUGAGACAUUUAGUGAGAUGGGUUUGCCGCGAGAGCUGGUACAUGUAUCACCUUUGGAUUUGACUGUAAGUUUGUGUGGGGAACUGAUUUCUAUGAUUUGGUACGAAAAGGGUCGCGAUCGGGGUGAAUCCUGUGAUUGUUGUGCUGUUUGGGUUAUGAACCAGUAUGGUGAAUUAGAUUCCUGGACUAAGAAAUUUGUAGUGGUUUUGGAGAGAGGGCUGUCACAUGCUAUCGGGUUCAGGGGAAAUGGGGAAUUUCUGGUAGAGAAGUGUGUUGGCGAUCUUCUAUCAUAUGAUCCCGAGAGCAAGGAAUUUAAGGAUCUCGGUAUCCACGGUGGUAAAGAGUCCUUCUUCUUGAGUGAAUAUGCUGAGAGUCUCGUGUUGCUUGAUGGAAUUAGUGGGGCUGCAGCUGAUCCUUCUGAUGCAUCCGACUCUGAAGAGGCGAAUGGGUUCCCGCCUCAACUACAGAACGCACGGAAUGAGAUGGACCUGUUGAAGAACUGGUAUUGGAGUACCCUUUUCGCAAAAGCUAGUCUUCAUGAAUCAUGAUAAGCCUUAUAUUCGGGUCUCCAUGUAUUUGCUUUUGACUAGCUAUAAAGCUCAAAUCCUAGUGAUACUAUUUUGAAAACUUGUUCUGCGUAGUUUCUGAGAAUUUAAUAGUUUUAUAUAGUAGCAUUAUAGAAAUGACAGUGGCAUCUUAGUUUGCCUUGCAAUCUGUUCCGUUAUGCACUUUAUUUGCAAUUCUGAAGCUGUUCCUUAUUUUGUUCCA